UAAAGUGGAUGUCAGGUGGAUCUAUGUUCUGGAAGGAACAAAGAGGCAGCGAAAGCAGCGCGGGGGAAGUUUGAGCGGCGAGGAUGCAGGCUGUGUACUGGUACGCGGUCCUUCUGCUGCAGCCCACUCUCUACCUGGUUACCUGUGCAAAUUUAACAAAUGGAGGAAAAACAGAACUUCUAAAAUCAGGAAGCUCCAAAUCCACACUAAAGCACAUAUGGACAGAAAGUAGCAAAGACUUGUCCAUCAGCCGACUGCUGUCACAGACUUUUCGUGGAAAGGAAAAUGAUACAGAUUUGGACCUGCGAUACGAUGCCCCAGAAACUUAUUCUGAGCAAGAUCUCUGGGACUGGCUGAGGAACUCCACAGAUCUGCAAGAGCCCCGGCCCAGAGCAAAGAGACGACCCAUCGUCAAGACUGGGAAAUUUAAAAAAAUGUUUGGCUGGGGAGAUUUUCAUUCCAACAUCAAGACUGUGAAGCUAAAUCUGUUAAUAACAGGGAAAAUCGUUGACCAUGGCAAUGGGACGUUUAGUGUUUACUUCAGGCAUAACUCCACUGGUCAAGGAAAUGUAUCUGUGAGCCUAGUGCCCCCUACAAAAAUAGUGGAAUUUGACUUGGCACAACAGACAGUGAUUGAUGCCAAAGAUUCCAAGUCCUUUAACUGUCGAAUCGAGUAUGAAAAGGUUGACAAGGCUACCAAGAAUACACUCUGCAACUAUGACCCUUCAAAAACCUGUUAUCAGGAGCAAACCCAGAGCCACGUGUCAUGGCUCUGCUCCAAGCCCUUUAAAGUAAUCUGUAUUUACAUUUCCUUUUAUAGUACAGAUUAUAAACUAGUACAGAAGGUGUGUCCUGAUUACAACUACCACAGUGACACACCCUACUUCCCUUCAGGGUGA